AUGGAUGGACGGCACGCCGGCUGCAUGCGUCUGCAAAUGGUGUCUUCACAGUGCAGGGCGCCACUCGCCAGGCAGGCCACUGUCAAAGGCUCCGCCUCUACCCCCCAGCGUAGCCCCGCCUCCCGACGGGUUUUCAGAACUCGCUACAAAAUGGUGGCCCGCCUGAGUCCCGGCACCGGGCACCCCCUCCCGUAUAACCCGGCCCUGUCCUGGCGGGCAAAGAGAAUCCAGUCUGCCAGGACUUUUCUCCAGAGCCGCCUCAGGGCUCCUCCUGACAGGCGUCAGUCACCCGCUCAGCGCUGGACAGGAAGUGGGAUGCGCUGGAUCCGUGGCUCCCUGUACCGGGUGUCUGCCAACAAGCUGUCCCGCACUGUGACCAGCAGCAUGUCCAUCAACCGGACAGCCGAAAUUGAAGCGCUGCCGCCUGUUGAGCUCGUGACCAGCAUCCCAACACAGGCCCUCACAGCGCUUGCUGCCUCCUCUAGGAACGUGCAUCAGGUGUCCGUCCAGCCGGAGUUGUAA